GGUGGGCAUUGGUUCGAGGCCAUGGCUCUCGGCGACGAGCUGGCGCAGCGGCUCUGGACGCGGCAGGGCCGGGACUGGGGCAGGAAGGGGUGCGUCCCGCCUUGUCGCCUUCGGCUGCAAAGUUUCAGUUUCGCUUUCCCCCAGAUCCCUCCCUGUUCCUGGAACAGCUGCUCCCCUUCCUUUCCUUGCCUCCUUUCCUGCCGUGGUCUGGCCGGAAGUGGACCACCAUAUUUGGCAACAACAGUCUCCGCUCAGAAACGCAAAGCAGAGUAUAAACAUUUAAAGACCCCAGGAAACUGGAGGAUGGACUGUCCCAAGGGUGCUGGAGCAGCAGUUUACAAUGAGAAAUCAGGUAGGAUCACCUCAUUCUCGGUCUUGUUUCAGAAAGUCUUUGAUCAUGUCUGUCCUCAGUGGAUAAAGGGGAAUACAACAGGAGACUGUCUCCCCUACAGGUGCUCAGAGACUGACAUUCUCAGAGAAAACUAUAGUUGGCAAAUACCCAUUAAUCACAGUGACUUCAAAAUUUUUAAAAAUAAUGAGAGUCAGCUGUGUGAAGUCCUCCAGAAAAAAUUUGGCUGUAUCUCUACCCUGGUCUCUCCAGUCCAGGAAGGUAACAGUAAGUCUCUGCAAGUCUUCAGAAAGAUGCUGACUCCUAGGCUCGAGUUAUCUGUCUGGAAGGAUGACCUCACCAGACAUGCUGUUGAUGUUGUGGUGAAUGCUGCCAAUGAAGACCUUAAGCAUGGGGGAGGCCUGGCUCAGGCCUUGGUGAAAGCUGGCGGCCAAGAAAUCCAAGAGAUGAGCACAAAAUUUGUUGCCACACAUGGUAGAAUACCAGCCGGUGAGAUAGCUGUCACAGCUGCAGGGAGGCUUCCCUGCAAACUCAUUAUCCAUGCUGUUGGGCCUCGGUGGGUAGAGGUGGAUAGAGAGAGAUGUAUCAGUACGUUGCAAAGGGCUAUUGAGAAUAUUCUGAAGUGUGUCGAUUUCCACUAUGGUGACUUUGAGACAGUAGCAAUUCCAGCCCUGAGCUCUGGGAUUUUCAACUUCCCUCUGGAUUUGUGUACACAGAUCAUUGUGGCAACUAUCAAUCAUUAUGUCCAAAAUGUGCAACUGACUGGUAAUUUGAAAGAAAUUCACCUGGUAAGCAAUGAAGACCCUACUGUUGCUGCCUUUAAAGUUGCUUCAGAAAGCAUCCUAGGGAAAAACGAGCUGGUGUCCUGGGUGAGUCAAGAAGCCACCCUUCCUUUCAAUAUGAUGGCUGUGAAUAACCUCACUCUCCAGAUUGACCUAGGCCACAUUGAAUUACAGAAGACAGAUGUAAUUGUUAAUUCUAUAAAUUCAAGUGGUGAUUUUGAAGUUGGUCCUGUGUCAAAAUCAAUUCUACAACAAGCAGGAGAUGAAAUAAAACAGGAAUUUAUCAAAAACAUGCCUCGGACAUCUCAGGAUUCCCAGUUGGUAGUGGUUACAAAAGGAUUUAAACUGUCCUGUCAAUACGUAUUCCAUGUGUUGUGGCAUUCAAGAUAUACUACAACAGCAACUCUGAGAUUGAAAAAUGCAGUGAAGGUGUGUUUGGAAAAAUGCCUUGAGCUAAAUUUAACUUCCAUUUCCUUUCCUGCCCUUGGGACUGGAGUCAUCGGUUUGUGGAAGAAUAAAGCAGCAGAGGUUAUGUUUCAGGAGGUUUUAACAUUUGCGACACAGCAUUUGAAAAAACAAUUAACUGUAAAGUUUGUGAUCCUUCCUGAGGAACAGGAGUUAUAUAAGGUAAGUUACUAUCUUAGAAAUGUCCUACAAUUCAUUCAUUCAUUCAUGGAUUCAUUCAACGACAUCUGUUUAGUAUCUCCCAUGUAAGAAGAUGUUGGGCUA